CGUCCUUCCAUCUUCCCCAUCUCUUCAAUCUCCAGUUCUCCACAAGCCACUCUCCCACUUUCCAGUAAAAUAAAAUAAAAAAUACAAAGCCAUUCUCCACUCACUUCCCACCAUCACCAUCACAUCCAUUUUGAAAAGGGUAAAACAUUUUGAAAAACUACAGCUCCCCUGUUUUUCUCACUGUUCUUCCCUCUCUUGUCCACCAUUCCAGUCCUCUGAUCUCAAAGCUCCACCAAAAAGAAAAAGAAAACAAAAGAACCGAUCGUUACCACUGUCACAACCAUGACCAUUCCUCAAGUGAAGAAAGAGCAGGAGAAGAAUGGUAGGCCAGAGAAGGUGAAGGUUUCGUCCUCUAACAAACAGGAAAGGGGGAUUGUUCCAGCCAAGUCUGGCUUCAAGAGGGCGACCAGCGAAAGUGUAUAUGUUAAUGGCGAAGUUAAGAAUGCUGUAAUGAAGAGAGCACAGGAGAUAGAAGCCAGUCUACCAAGAAACUUCCCUACCAUGAUAAAGCUUAUGAUGCCUUCUCAAAUCUCGGGUGGGUUUUGGCUGGGUCUUUGCAAAAAGUUUUGCGUCAAGCAUUUGGGUGAAAAGGACAUGAUGAUGGACUUGGAAGAUGAGGAUGGCAAAGUCUUUCCCGUGAAUUGUCUAGUCGGAAAGGCAGGACUUAGCGGGGGAUGGAGAAAGUUCUCAACCGAUCACAAAUUGGUCAAAGGAGAUGUCGUAGUUUUCCAGCUAGUUAAGGCAAAUAAGUUCAUGGUCUACAUUGUAAGGGCACGUGAUUUCGAGGAAAAUGAUGUUGCUCUUGGCCUUCUAAAACUGGAGAAGACUAGUUUGGAAGAGAAAUCUAGCUUAGAGGAAGUGGAGGGUGCUCUUGACCUUAUGGAGCUGGAUGGUGUUUUGGAAAAGAAAUCUGCUCAUGCAAAGGAUCUGAGCAGAAGUGGCAAAGCAACUGUCACAAAGACUGUUGAUGAGUCUGAUAUUUCUGCUGAUGAUAACUAUGAACCAGAGGAUUCUGAGAAUGGAAGUGAUGAAGGUUUCGGAUUCGAUGUCCUAGAUGGAAUCAGGAUGUCUUCAGCAUCAGCUGUUAAUUUCCAGCAAGUAAAAAGCUUUGAUGACUUUGACAUUAUUGUGAACGGCUUGGUGAUCAACUCCGAGCUCUCAAAGCACCUCCAGCUCAAAUACUAUGAACUAUGCAACAGCCAGAAGUUGUUCCUCCAUGAACAAAUCCUCAAUGGUCUCAACUGUAAGCUGAUAGCGGGAGUAAUUGCCGAGACCAUUAACAUUGCUGAUGCCAUAAGAGCUUCAAAAUUCAACGGCGGGGUUAAUGAUAACGGUCAGCAGAAGGAAGACUUUGUGACUUGGGAGAGCACGUUGUUGGCUUUUCAGAAGCUGGGAAUGAAUGUGGAGUUCAUACUCACCAGAUUGAGGCAGCUCAUGCGGCUCUGUGACAAUGCCAAUAGGUGUAAGAGGUUGAAGACUGAGAGAGUCGAGGUAGGCAAGGAGGUGAAGGUUCUGGAGGCGAAAGUCGAGGAAUCGGUUGGAAGAAUGAGAAGGAUUGAUGAAGAGAUCGAGAAGUUGGAAAUUGACGAUGUGGAGGAUGUUGAGGUGAACUUCAGAGAAUUGGCUAAAGCUCCAUGGACCAUGACCAUCCUUCAAGUCAAGGAAGAGCAGGCUGAACCCAUUUUCCAAAGACCUUCUCGUUCGAAAGGAGGCUUUGUUCCAAUCAAGUCAACUGCAAGCUCUUACGAGCCUGAGAAUGAUGUAAUGAGAAAAGCACAGGAGAUUGUAUCUAAUCUACCUGCAAACUCUCCUUCAUUGAUAAAGGUCAUGCACCCUUCACAUGUUACUAGAGGAGCUUCAGUGCGUCUCUUGGCAGAGUUUUGCCACAAGCAUUUACCUGAGGAGGACUCAAUGAUCGAGUUGGAGGAUGAAAAUGGUGAAGUUCACGCGACAAAGUAUCUAGCCUAUAAGAACACUUUCAGCGCGGGAUGGGCAGCUUUCGCCGGCAAGCAUGAUUUAGUUGAAGGAGAUGUUUUGGUUUUCCAGUUACUUAAGCCAACCAAGUUCAAGGUCUAUAUUGUGAGGACAAGUAGGUCAGAGGGAGUAGAUGGUGCUCUUGAUAUGGAAAAGAAACCUGUUCAUGCCAAGAAUAUGAGCACAAGUGGCAAAGCAACUUUCAAGACUGUCCACAAUUCUGAUCUUUCCUUUGAUGAUAACUACGUACCUGAUGAGUCGGAGAAUGGAAGUGAUAAAGAUUUUGGAUUCGAUAUCCCCGACGGUAUUAGGAUGUCAUCAGAAUCCACUAUUGAUUUCCGACAAGUGAAGAGCUUUGCUGACUUUGACAUAAUAGUGAAUGGCUUGGUGAUCAAUAGUGAGCUCUCUAAGCAGCUCCAGCACAAGUACUAUGAACUAUGCAGCAGCCAGAAGUUGUUCCUCCAUGAACGCAUUCUCGAUGGCCUCAACUGUAAGCUGAUUGCCGGGGUAAUCUCCCAGACCAUAAAUAUAGCUGAUGCCAUAAGGGCUUCAGAACUUGGUGCCCAACAGAAGGAAGAGUUUGUGACUUGGGAGAGCACUUUGUCGGCAUUUGAGAAGCUUGGGAUGAAUGUGGAGUUCAUACUAACCAGGUUGAGGCAGCUCAUGGGGCUUUGUGGCAAUGUCAAUAGGUUGAAGAGAUUGAAGACUGAGAGAGCUGAAGUGGGAGAGGAGGUGAAGGCUCUGGAAGUGCAGCUCGAGAAGUGGGUGAGAAGAACGAAAAGGAUUGAUGAAGAGAUCGAAAGGUUGGAGGUAGAUGAUGUUCAGGCGAAGAAGAGAAGGCCACGGGAAGUUUGCGACGGGGCUGUUUCCUGCAGCAAUGAGGCGAGAAUACCGACUCCGCUUCCGUUCUCUCUUUCUUUCAGUCUCUACUCUAAUGAGCUUUGUUUGGAAGCAGAUAUAGUCGCAAUCAAGUCUCCUGUAAAGUCAGUCAAGAAUCAGAAAGAUAUCUUCAGUUCUAUGGGGAAGAGGGCCUCCAUGGAGAAUCUGUAUGUAAGUGGCGAGGUUGACAAUGCUGCAAUGAGAAAAGCACAUGAGUUUGCUUCUAGUUUACCUGGAAACUUUCCUACCUUGAUGAAGCUUAUGCACCCUUCACAUAUUGGGUUUUCCUUGCAUCUUGUGGCAGGGUUCUGCUACAAGCAUUUGCCUGACAAGGACAAGGUGAUCGACCUAGAAGAUGACAAUGGCAAAGUUCAUCCCGCCCAAUUCUUAGCUAGUAAGCAUUGUCUUAGCGGCGGAUGGAGAGCUUUCUCCAUCCAUCACAAGUUAGCUCAAGGCGAUGUUGUGGUUUUCCAGUUACUUGAACCGACCAAGUUCAAGGUCUACGUAGUGAGAGCAAGUGCCUCAGAGCAAGCGAGUAGAAGAUCCAAGAGAAAGGUCGAGACAAGUGCCAAAGAAGCUGAGAAGACCAGCAUCACCAACUGCAAAAUUAUAGUACAUAAAGACGAGCCCAAGAAUGGAAGCAAGGAAGAUUUCGGUUUUGAUAUCUCAGAUGGGAUAAUUAUGUCAUCAGAUCAACCAGCUGUUGAUUUCCAGCAAGUGAAGAACUUUGAUGACUUUGACAUUGUGGUUAACGGCCUGAUCAUCAACUGUGAACUCUCCAAACAGCUUCAGUACAAGUACUACGAACUAUGCAGCAGCCAGAAGUCUUUCCUGCACCAACAUAUUCCCAAUGGGCUUAACUGUAAGCUGAUAGCCGGAAUAAUCGCUGAGACCACUAACAUUGCUGAUGCAGUAAGGACUGCAAAGUUCGGUACUCGACAGAAGGAAGAGUUUGCAACUUGGGAAAACACAUUGUCAGGAUUCGAGAAGCUGGGAAUGAAUGUGGAGUUCAUACUCACCAGGUUGAGGCAGCUCAUAGGGCUUUCUGACCAUGCCAAUAGGUGCAAGAAAUUGAAGACUGAGAGAGUUGAAGUGGGAGAGGAGGUGAAGGCUUUGAAGGCGAAACUAGAGAAAUCGGUGGGUAGAAUGAAGAGGAUUGAUGAAGAGAUAGAGAGAUUGGAAAAUGAGGAGGAUGUUGAGGUGAGGUUCACAAAAUUGGCUGAAGCUCCAUGGUCAAUGUAACUGGAUGCUGACUUAGUAUCUAGCUUAGAGAGCUACUAAGUUCAAACCAUUCUGUAUGAGGUUUGUACGACUUAGCUUGGAAAGAUAUAAAGUCACCAUCUCUGUAGCUAUGAAUGACUUGGACGGUCCAAGUUCUAAUACGAUCAACCUGAUGAUCGAAGAUGAUGAUCGAGAUCUUCGAGCAGCAAGAGUGAUUAACCUAAGGGAUUUGUAUCAGCUGAAUGACCAAAUGCAUACACGAAACUAAGUUGUAAUGUAAGAUUCCCUUGAAUUCGAUUACCUCCUGUGUAAAUUACCAUCAACUGGAAAACUGCAAGCACGGAUACACAUGGAUGCCAGAAAACCAGAUGGGUCCAUAUCAUCAUACCCAGUUGGGCAAAUGCAUGGUAUUUUUCUACAACCCCAUGCCUCAUUCAGCCAUGCAACCUCACAUGGAGCAUAAAGGAAUGGUGACUGGUACAGGA